AUGGAAGAUGAGGAGAUCAUGAUAGAUAUAAAAGCAAUAAUUACAGAUAAUAGAGAAGAUGGUCUCUCCUCGCCUUUGCGUUGUAUCUACAGGGUGCCUCCAAUGAUUCGUCUUCUAAAAGAGAAAGCUUACACUCCACAGGUUGUUUCCAUUGGUCCCUUCCAUUAUGGCGAUGUGAGGCUGCAAGACAUGCAAGACCACAAAAAAAUAGUGUUCAGAAGAUUUGUAGAAAGAUCAGCUACGAUGAUAGACUUGAACACUUUGGUCAACUUUGCAAAACAGUCUGAGCCCAAUGUUCGUGCUUCUUAUUCAGAGAGCAUCAAGCUUAGCAAGAAGGAUCUUGUUAAAUUGAUGUUAGUGGAUGCUGCUUCCAUCAUUGAGCUCUUUAUGAUGAUGCGGGAAGGCGAUGAUGAGACAAACAAAGAUGCUAAACUAUCACAAACAUGGUUGAAGGAAGCUAUAAGUAUCGAUUUGCUUUUACUUGAGAAUCAACUUCCGUACUUUUUCCUUGAACUGCUAUUCAAUAUAGCACUUCCACUUCAUCUUAGAGUUGGCUGCCCUUCAUUUCUUGAGCUUACAUAUUCUUACUUUGCCGAUCAUAACAUUCAAGAAUUACAGCCUAGUCCUAAUGAUGGAUCUGAUUUUCUUUUACACAACGCAAAAGAGUUAAAAGAGGCAGGAUUAAAGUUGAAGGCAGGAAAGAGCGAGUGCUUACUAGACUUGAAAUUUUCAAGACAUGUUCUUGAGAUUCCUGAAAUUUAUGUUGAAGAUUACACUGAAACUUUGUUUCGUAAUAUGAUAGCUUUAGAACGGUGCCGUUAUCCUUAUGAAUCUUAUAUUAUUGACUAUGUUUUUGUAUUUGAUAGCCUAGUCAACACAAAAGAAGAUGUGGACGUUCUCACUAAUAAAAAGAUUAUCCACAACUUGCUAGGUGAUGCCGAUGAGGUUGCUACAUUAUUUAAUGGUCUUGGAAAAAAUAUAACUGCAUACAAUUUCAAUGUUGAAUACCUUGACAUUUGCAAAAACUUGAAUGACUUCUAUCAAAAUCCUUGGCACAAGAGAAAGGCAACUUUGAGAAGAGAUUACUGCAACACACCUUGGCAAACAGUGGCUUCUAUUGCUGGAAUCAUACUUCUCGCUCUCACCAUUGUUCAAACCAUAUUUUCUAUCCUCCAAGUAGUAUAG